AUCAUUCACACCGGGCGUUUCCGUACUGACACACAUAAAUACAGAGGCACUCUGGAAGAAGACCAUUCUGCUCUGCUAUUGUGAGACGGCCAUGCUAACUUCUUCUGAGCACAGCUGCUAUAGGCCUCAGAAUGUUCCUGCUCCUGGUCUUCAGUCUUCUCUGUGUAAGCACGGGCUCAGCAGCUGAGAUUCAGUCCAGAUUCUCUUCCAUCUCUAGUGAGGUUGGUAUUGGAGGAGGCACUGCAUUCUCAUCCUCUAGACUGCAUGUAAACGGACACAUCACUGGCCUGAAGGUCUGGGAGCGCGUUAGCAGCUGUAUAACUGGAAUUCAGAUAAAGUAUGGAGAUGUCUGGUCCCCUGUUUAUGGCCUCACGUCCGGGCAGGUUCAAGAGCUCCACCUCUAUGCCAACGAGUCCAUCAUCCAGGUGUCUGGAAAGCACAACAAUUACAUCUACCAGUUAGCUUUUGUCAGUAAUAUGGGACGGCAGUUAAUAGCUGGCCAGCCAUCUGGCUGGUCUUUCAAUUUCUACCCAGAAUACCCCGUGGCUGAGCUCAGGUACGUCAGUGGACGUUUCAAUUCGAUAGGAAUCACUUCCAUGGGAUUCCACUGGGGACUGGUGUACCCCAUGUCAAGAGCAGGAGAGCCACAGCUCUCAGAGGGGCUGGCUUCAAGCACAGAUACCAGUUAACAAAGCAGCCUUAGCAGCUUUAUCAAAUCAUGGAUUGUGAUGACAUGCCUGAAUGUUUUAAAAGAGGUAUGAAAUGUGGGUUUGAGCGGGUCAGUCCAGUCCAGGGCUCGUGAGCGGUUGAUCUGCUCCUCCAGCUUUUUAACACGUUCCUGGAGCACAGCAGAUUCACAGUGGCUGGAGUAGUGAACACUGCUGCGGGCAGACGAUCUAUCGAGGUUUGCAGUGCUGUGCAAAGAAUCAUACUUGUAAUAUUCAGGGUCCAUAAUCAUAACCAAUAAAUGGAUCAAAGACAAAAUUAAGUGCUCAUAGUCUACACAUGUACGUGUCAUAUAAAAAUGACAUAUUUAAUACAGUGUGCCCUCUUUGCAACAUCAUAGAGAAUUUGCAAUGUGUGUUCCACCUUGUAUCAGUGGAGUUGCUGUCAGUGGAGCUGCUGUCAGUGGAGUUGCUGUCAGUGGAGCUGCUGUCAGUGGAGCUGCUCUCAGUGGAGUUGCUGUCAGUGGAGCUGCUGUCAGUGGAGCUGCUCUCAGUGGUACAGACUGUGCACGCUAAUAUCCUUGAAUUAAACAUUGCCUUUCUAAAACUAAAACCUGGAGUGGAAUCACCCACAGAACCCAUGUUACAUACCAUACAGUUAAAGUCUUAUUCAUGUACCAUUUUAAGAAGAAUUAAAAAUGAAUACUGUAAAUCAAUCAAUCAAUCAA